GGCCCCUCGCGCCACCAACCUCUGGACGUCGACUUCACCAUCCCUUCCAACCACCUGCACAACUUCGAGCACUCUUCCAUCACCCUUUCUUUCGUCAUCUACGCUGUCUUCGCCAUAGCUUUAGAUCGCGCCGCCCGCCCCGCCGCCGCCCGGCCGCUCACUUUUGUGGCCUCCACGGUGGCCUUUGGACAAGAAUUUUUACUUUUUUACAUCCAUUCGACUGAUCAUACGGGGCUGGAGGGACAGUACCAUUGGCUUCUUCGGAUCGUCAUUGCCGUCUCCUUCGCCACGUCUUUGUUGGGCAUUAGCCACCCCUGCAAUUUUGCAAUCGCGUUCGUUCGUUCCGCCAGCAUUGCCUUGCAGGGGAUCUGGAACAUCUUCCUGGGCUACGCUCUUUGGACGCCGGCGUUCAUCCCUAAGGGCUGCUUCUUGCAUGACGAGAACGUCCAUUCCUCCGUCCGCUGCCGAAGCGACGAGGCCCUCCACCGCGCAAAGUCUCUGGCCAACAACGAAUUCAGCUGGGUUGUCUCCGCCUCCGUCAUCUUCUCAUUCCUCUUUUACCUCUAUUUGAGCAGGAGGUAUGAGAAGGAGUUGGAGUAUGAACCCAUUGACGUGGAGGAGCUCGACGAUUCGGAGCUUCGCAAGAAGAUUAACAGUAAGCUUGGCGAAUCUGAUGCCGUCGUCCUCCUGGAAAAGGUGAUGAGGGCUGUUUAGUUUAUUAUUGAAGCGACAAAUGUACUGUGAGUCUUCUGGUGUUUUUUUUUUUUUAUAAGGCAAGUGGCUGAAUGUAUUUUAUGGGUUUUUUAUUUUUGAAUUGCUGAAGGUUUGGUGUACGUUGAUGUGAUUCCAUGUGAAGGUAAUUAAUGGGAAUUGAAAAGGGAAGAUUUGCUUUCGAUCUUGUCGGUCUGAUGAGCUUUUGGUUUUUAGUAAAGAUGAUCUUUGCACAGUA